AUGAAUCUAAAAUACUUUUGCUAUGCUUUUUGCAUAAUCCAAAGUGUGACAUGCAUAAAGUGGCGAAACAGCCUUAACGAUGUUCUUUUUGUGAAUUACCUUGACAACCAUUUGGUAGAAACAAACGGGAGUGGGAAAAGAAGGAAACACAUUUGGCGCAGGGCAUACGAAAAUGGCAAAAGGAAGGAGGUGAACAUUUUUACGAAGCGUAGUGGGGAAGGGGUACCCCACCUGUGUAGCAGUAUGGGCGAAGAAGACCAAACUGGGUUCACCUCGAGCAGGACGACCCCCGAAGGGGCUAACCAGGACGCCCCUACCCCCGAUGAGGACAUUUUACAAAAGAAGGGCGCACAGAAAGAAGUGGAAAAGAGCGUCGUCCCGCUAAACAUGGACUGGGUAAAAGUGAUGAACCUGAUAUACGCCAGCAGGGACGUGGACGCCACUACGCUGGCUUUCAAUGCGGCCAUGUCUGCAGUGGAAAAGAAGGGCUGCCUGAAAAGCAUGCUGGAGUUAUUCGAAAUAAUGAAAAAAAAAAACAUAAAACCAGAUUUGGUAUCGUAUAAGCUACUGCUCCGUCUAUGUGCCAAUUACCACCUGGGGGAACACGCGGAAGUUUUAUUUGAAGAGAUGGUAGAGACGGAUAAGCUUACUCCAACGUAUGAAAUUUACGCUCUCAUGAUAAGCUGCUUUGCCAAAGUGGGGGACGGGCACAAGGCUGUCGAAUUUCUGGAGAAGCUGCGGAGCGACCCCCUGGUGGAGGAAGUAAAUAAUUGGGGGGGGACGUUACCAGUGGAGGUGACGUUAGUGGUGAUGGUGACGGACGCGUUUGAGGAAGAGGCCGCCACAGAAGAAGACGCAAAGACGGAAGGAGAAAACACCUACACAAAUCAGUUUAAAGAAAUAACGAAGAAGAUUAAACACGUCGAAAAGGGGAGCAGCAAAAUCCAAUACAGCGAAUAUGCCAAUGUGAUCUUCGCAUGUAACAUGUCCAAUUUACCUGAACAAGGGGUCAAAUACUUCGAGGAGUUAUUAAACACAGGAAAGUACAUGCCCUCUAUCCUCCUUUUCGAAAGCAUUUUCGACCUGUUGGCAAAAAAUGGAAAGUAUGAAAAGUGUCUAGACUAUUACAACAAACUGAAGGAUGACCCCAAUUUUAAAAAAUAUAUUAACGUUAAUAUUUUAAAUAAUAUUUUAAAAGCACUAAAUGUGCAUGGAAAAAUUAACAUCAUCGAAGACGUGUGGAAAAAUGAAUUCGAUGAAUUAAUGUUAACGCCAAAUGAUAUUUCCUACGGAUAUAUGUUGAACGCUUAUAGCAUCGUGGACGAUUAUGAAAAAGCAUUCAAGCUAUUUAAAGAAAUGCAAAUGAAAAAAUUAUUGAGUAAAAAAAAUAUUAUUCCCUUUGUAUACACAAUUAAUGCAUUUAAAAAUUGCGGGAUUUAUAACUACGCCAUUUAUGUGUUGAGAGUAGCUAAACUGUUGAAUGUCUCAUCGGAGGAUUUACUGAAGCUUUACAAUGACGCCAUGAUUGCUUGCAUAAAUUGUAAAAAAUAUGACGUGGUCAUUUCGCUUUACGCUGAAUUGAUCACUAUGCAGGAAAAAGGCGCACCUUCUCUCGAAAUUAACAUCAGCACGCUGGGCUUCGUCCUCUUGGCCUUUAAAGAACUCAACAUGCGCGAAGAUUUUACAAAUUUGAAAAAUUUAAUCAUUCAGAAAAAUUACAAGUUGACUCCGCUGUGCGCGAAGUUGGUUAAUGAGGCGUCUGACUGGUGA